CACCCCCAGACGGAGGCGGCGCCGAACGCCCUUAUCGCCGGUGGGCGGAGGUCUGCCCUCGGUGGCGGCCGCCGAGCCCCUCAAGACGCCCGAGGUGGUGCGACAUGUGGUGUCGCGCCUCACGCCCCCGCCCAGCCCUCCCGCCUCCGGCCAGCCCCUCUCUAGCCAGCCCUCUCCGCCCGCGGCCCGCAGGCACCCCUCGCCGCAGCCGCCCCCGGCCCCGCCCCCCAACACCUUCCAGCCCAUCCAGCCCGCCCAGCCAGCCCCGGGCAGCCCUCAGGGAACGCAGUCCGCGCCCUCCACCCUCGACUCCCGACACGGCCGCCACGCCCACCAGCAGGUUCUCUUCGGCACGAGCGCGACCAGCGACGCCUCGAGCACGCGCCGGGUGAGUGCUUCCUCGGAGAACGAGGAGGGUCUGAGCACACGGAAGGUUCCUCCCAAGCUAGCGCCCCUGAGGAAACCCGAUAUUCCCGACGUCCUUCGCCCCAAAGACAACACGUCCUUAGCGUCCCCCGGCGUGGUCAGCACCCCGCCCACAUCCCGCCCGUCCUCCGUAGUGCUGGACAAGCCGCCCCUCGCCCCUGAGGGACUCCGACCCGCGGCCCUUCGCUCGUCCCUUAGGAAGCCUUCUGACACCGGCACCUGCUUCCUCGCAGCGCGAAGGGAGAAGCGGGACGAAGCCACGAACGGCGCCGCAACCGGGGCCAAGAACGACUUCUUCCGGGAGCAGCAGAAGCCCAAGAAGGGCGACCGCCUCUCCAAGUCCGACAUGAACCUCAAGAUCGACAGCAACAGUGGGGGGAGAUCGGGUGACAUCUCCACUCCCACGGGUACAUCCGACGCUGAGGGUGGCGAAGCCUCGUCGCCGCCCCUGGCUUCCCCCUCUCUGCCAAACGCGGAGGUGAUGAGUUCGAGGCUGGAGGCCCUCACGGCACGUGCCAGGGAUGCCAUGGAUCGAGCGGAUCGCCUGUCAGAGGACACAGCCGUCACCCCCGAGAGUGCUGACACGAUGGUUCACGAGUGCGAGCAGUACCUGACCACCGUGACAUCCUCGGGCAGGAGGGAGUCCCCGGGCACUUCGCGUCGUCGAGACCUGGGCGCCGCAGGCAUGGAGGCGGCUAGCGAAAGGUCUCAGCCUUCGCCAGCUGCCGUCACGGGUGUUCUUUCUGACACUGGCCAGAAAAACUGGGUCGGGGGCUCUGAAGGGCGUGGUAAAGAAAGUAAGCGGAUGGCUAAUGAAAAGGAAGUGAAGAAGAAGGAGACGAAGAGAGAAAGCCAAGCGGCGUCAGGGGGCGAGAGAAUCCCUGGCGCCCCCGCUGGACCUUCAGGGCCCCCGGAUUAUGUUGCCUUCAUGGACGAAAGUGUCUCUCCGCCGCCAGAGGAAGUAGUACUUGGCCUCCAGCACCGUCAUCUCGAGGAUGAAGAGGAUGAAGGAUCCGACACUUCUCCCCUGAGAAGCCCCGAGCACCGAGGCAGCGGCAGGUGCAGGCCGCGCCGCUGCUCCCUGGAUGGGGAUUCUCCACGCACAAACUCCCCGGACCCGCAGUCCAUCCUGAAGCGCCGGUCCUCCCGCGAGGAUGUGAUGCCGGAUCGCCCCACCACCCCAGAGCCGCAUGGCAUCCUCAAGCGUAAGACAUCCUCCCGCACUUCUAGUCUGGAUGCGCAGGAGGGUGAGCCUCGGCCCAUCCUCAAGAAAAAGAGCAGCGCCGAGGAGUUAGAACACUUUGAACCUCGUCCGAUCUUGAAGAAAAAAUCUUCGACCGACGAUGAGCUAGAUGACAGACCCAGAUCCAUCCUGAAGGGUGGUCGGAGCAGAGAGGACCUUGACCGCUCCGAAGGUGUCAUCUCACCCAAUCCUAUCCUUAAGAGGUCGCCUAGAUAUGACAGCGAAGGCGAAGGGGAGUUGCGCCCAAUCCUCAAGCGUCGUGACACCACAGACGGCGUUCGUCUGCGCCUUCAUGUGUCGGAUGGAGAAGAUGUAGAGGGUGACCUGCCUAGUGUCAGAGUUAGAAGUGAUUCUGCCCCAGAGUCUGCAAUCAGGAUGAGGGGGCGCUCUCCCCCUGCGCCCAGCGCUACACCUGCGCACGGCAUACUAAAGAAGCGCGGCGCACACUCACCUGCACGCUUUGACCAAAUGGACAGCGAACUGGGCGCAAUCCUGAGAUCUCGACGGUCCCUAGGCCCAGGUGACGCUGAGGCAGAGUCCCCCAGCAGCACCCCUAUCCGGCCCGUGAGUCCUUCCCUCGUGGCUCUCACCAAAAGGGAAGAUGCCUCAGUGGCCCGGUCAGGGGAGCGACCUCUGAGUGUGGCUGAACGCGUGGCGGGCAUGGAGGCCGCUCGGCAGGAGCCAGUUCGACCUCCUGCUCCGAGAUCCCCUACGCCCACUCGCAGUCCAGGGGCACGACCCAAGGUCACGGCUGCCUUCCUAAACAACAUCAGGACACCGGAGACUGAAAGAGAGAGCAGGCGAAACGGAGCCUACAGCUUGGUGGCAGAACCUGCAUUGAGCGGGGAGAGUGCCGAGGCCAUCAACGAAGCAUUUUUGGACCGUCCAGUGGUAGAGGCCUUCAACAGUGCCAUGACCUCCAGCCUUGACUCCACGCCCGACACCCCGUCCUCUGUUUCACAGAGAGCUGCAUUCUUUGCACAGUUGGAGCGUGAACAGAAGAAGCCUGGAGAUACGAGCACAGGAUCUACUCGUUCCACACGCUUUGGAAGUAGAAGAGAACGAGGAACAAGGCAUGCAACUCAACCCGUGACAGAGGACGAGGUGAGUCAGGCAGCAAGAAUGGCUGACGCUUCUGACUCUGCAUCGGCCUCUCACGACUCGGACUGCGCACCAGCACGAAGAGAAUCACUGCCAUGGAUGGGUGGCACCACAGGAGGCUCUAGUAGCAGUCAGGAUGAAAAACACAAGACCUGGGACAGUAACAGUGUGGGGGCACGUGUGGCCCUUUGGACCCGCAUGUUGGAGGAAGAGCGCAGACCAGCAGCUCUCCCCACCGACAGUGUUCAGGGCUCGCGUCGGCGCUCCCGAUCCACUCGCUUCAGAACACAGCCAGUUACCAUGGAGGAGGUGGCCCAUGCACACGCCCUUAACAACCACCAGGCUGUGACCCCCCCAACUGCAGGAACCCCCACUGAGGAGCAGGACCUAGCGAGUGGAUUCCGAGCAGCUCGUGAAGCUGUGUUAAGGAACGCUGGGGAGGUCCUCCAGGGCUUGACUCCUGGCUCCUCACCCAGAAGACGAGCAGGCAGCAGGAAGACCUCCUUCAAUGAGCCUGAGGAGGACAACUCUUCCGAUGGAGUGAGAGGUAUCCUGAAGCGAGAGAGCUCGGGAGGAUCGCGUGACGGCCAGCGAGACAGUCCUCGAUCCAUCCUCAAGCACCACCACUCCUCCUCGUCCACUGACUCGCGCCGAGCGUCCUUCUCCGAGUCCGAAAGCCACCCGAGAGGUAUCCUCAAGGCGGAGAGUCCUCUGCCGCCCCCCGUGGGAUCCCCGGAGCAUGAGGCCAAGCUCCUCAGGGGCGUUUUGAAGAAGGAUUCCAGUUUGGAGGACUCCAAGGAGAUCAAGUCCAUCCUUAAGCCUGAAUCAGAGUCCUUGGACCCUGAUCACUCCUCAGACUCCUCCUCAGAUGACGUGACGUUGACCACUGCCAACACCCCGCAAGGCCAGGAGUGCGACCUCGCCGAGUCCAUCCGGGACAUUGACCCCAUUCGUCACAAAGAAGAGCAGCACAAGUCGGACUCGUUCAAGUCCGAGCACCACCGCGUGGACCUGGCCGAGGCGCUGCGGCAGGUGGAGCCCAUCAAGGCCAAGGAUGACCUGGCCGAAGCCCUGAGGCAGAUCGAGCCCAUCCGCGCCAAGGACAGGAGCCGAGAGAGGGACGACCGAGCCAAGGAAGACGCACAAACCGCAGUCACAAAGGAGCUAAACUCGUCCAAGAAAUUAACGUCCAGCAUGAUGACGACGACGAUGGUGGCCACCUCGAGCGUGGCCUCGCCCUCCUCCUCGUCUUCGUCCAAUUCGGAGAACGAACUCAAGGUCAUCAAGAACGAGGCUGUGAUGAGGCGGAGGACGGCGCACUCCAGGAGAUACGACGAGCGGCGGAGUAUGGUGGAGCUGAGGAGCCUGGAGAAGGAUACGUCCGAGAUCUCGAGUGCGGCGGCGCCCGCCCCAGGGUCGUCCUCGAAGCGCCACCAGCACCCGACGCCGCAGGAUGGUGGCGGCAGUGACUCCUCCACCUCCUCGUCCUCCUCGUCCGACUCCUGCGACGGAGUCCUGAAGACCCAAGCCAAGACGACCAUGGACGCCUCGCAGAUCCUCAGCCAGUCGCCCAUCUUCCGCAACAAGACGACCUCCGUGACGUCCUCGUCCUCCACGUCCUCGUCCUCCAGCUCGCCUUCCCCGUCCGACGGCGCCGCCAAGGCUCCUCCAGGGGCCGCGACCUCGCCAGGUUCCUCUAUCAACGACAGACUCGCGGCGUUGCAGAAGAAUGGAGAAGAAGGCUGGAAGAGCAGACUCAAAAACGACGGCAAAGAUGUUAACUCCAACGUCACCCUCAGGCCAAAGCCUGCGGGUGGUCUUAGGGAGCGUCCUGUCAGUCUCAUGGAGAGGAUGUCUGCCCUGGAGAAUUCAUCACAGCAAUGGCGUGGACGUGUCACUCAGUCAGAUGCUACCAAGUUCACCGUGGCACACAAGAUGGCAUCUGCUUCCACAUCCUGUGUUCCUUCCGUCGUGAGUGGGGUUACACCUGUACUAACGGUUACACCAGACCAACCAACAACACCUAUCGGCAGCCCUACGGUAGAACGUAAGAAACGCUCCCCCAGCCAGAAGGUUUUCAAGAGCAAGACUGGAGGAAAUAUUCCAUCGCUUCUUAAUAAAUCCAGCCCUCUUAGUGCAAGGAAGGAUUUCAGGCGCAGUAUCUCAACUCCUAAUGACAGGGACAAGAAAGCUGAAGCAGUUGAAGGCCCUAGUGUAGCAGUCCCACGUGCCGAUGAUGAAGAUUUCAUGGCCUUCUUCAGCAAGUCAUCAGCAUCAGAGACCGUAGAGUCACCCGAAGAUGGUGUGCCUAGUCUUGGAGAUGCAGACUUCGACCUUAUAUCAGAAACCGCAUCUCAGCUUGUCGUGAAGCGCCGUAGCGUUCGGGUGACGAGACGGCAAGCCACUUCCAGGAAUCCACUCAAGGCCUUGGCUGCCCGAGAGGAUAUCAAGUCGGAGUACACAGAGGUCAAGUUGGGCAUUGGGGAGAAGGAACUGAAGAGGAUGAAGGUGGAAGAAUUGUCGAAAGGAUCCUCAUUAGCAGUAGAGGCACUUGCUGGACUGGCAUCAAAGGAGAACUUUUCUGCUGUGGCCCUAAAGAAGGUGGAGAACAAUCCUGUGGUACGAGAGAUGGCCCCAUACACAUCACUUAUGUUGCUGCAAGUCAAGGGCCGACGUCAUGCUCAAACUAGAUUAGUGAAGCCUUCUGUGUCAUGUGUUAAUCAGGGAGAUGAUUUUAUCCUUAUAACACCCACAGAUGUUUUCCACUACAAAGGAGAAUUUGCUAAUGUGAUAGAGAGAGCCAAAGCCUCAGAAAUUGCGCAGUAUAUAGUCCAGAAGAAGGACAUGGGAAUAGGUUCUGCUGUUCGGAAUGUGAUAGAGCUUGACGAAAAUUCACCUAGUGGCAGGAAGGCCAAAUUCUGGAGACUGCUUGGUGGAGAUGAAACAAGUUCAGGGCAGUUAUGUGGCAUGCCAGAUGAGGAUGAGUUAAUUGAAGCAUCCUUGGUGGCUGCAAAUAAAGUUUAUGAGGUACAGGAAGACUCACUGGUUCCAAUUGCUGACUCUUGGGGCCAGAUGCCAAAGAUAGAGAUCUUGCAAUCAGAUAAGGUGCUAGUGUUUGACUUCGGUCCAGAGCUGUACAUUUGGGCAGGAAAACGUGCUUGUGGAGAUGAGCGAAAGGUUGGGCUGGCUCUCGGAAGGGAACUGUGGGAAGAAGAAUAUGAUUAUUCUGAAUGUGAUAUUAACCCCAUAACACCGAUGGUACCUCUCUCUCAGGCUGCACUCAAAGGUAUACGACCAGAGUGGGGUCUUUGUGCCAAGCUUACGGAAAACGUUGAAACUAUCGUCUUCAAAGAAAAGUUUAUUGAUUGGCCUGACUUAGCCCAACAGUCACGCAUCAAGGAGGUCAAGAAAGAUAUGGAUCGCCACGUAGCGCCAGUGUGUGAAUUGCAGCCAUGUGAUGCACGGGUGAUGCUAGAGGAGCUUCCACCUGAGCCUGAUCUGGUGCUGGAGAUGAGUCACUUGGGACGCGGUGUGGAAUACUACGACGAGGAGGAGCGUCGCCUUCUGAACAUCUCGACAAAUGAUUACAAGAUCUGGCAUGUGUCAGAAUACGGCAAAGUGCUCAUGGAUGAGAAAGCCCGCAAUCAUCUUCAUGAAGGGGACACAUAUGUUGUCCGCUGGUAUUACUUGAUCACGGCAACUGGUAGGACUCUCAAGGGUGAGCCAUCCAAGCACAAUGUGACUGGCAGGUCACGUGUGGCUUACUUUUUCUGGCAGGGCAAAGACAGCUCUGUGUCAGAUAAGGGUGUUUCAGCUCUCAUGACAGUGGAAUUAGAUGAAGAGCGUGGACCUCAUGUUAGAGUCUCCAUGAACUCUGAGCCACCAGCCUUCCUAAACCUCUUCCAAGGAAGCCUCAUCAUACACAGAGGUCGACGUGAUGAGGAAAAGAAUAAUCAGAAUUGGAAGUUGUUCAUCGUCAGGGGAGAGUUGGAGAAUGAAGGACAUCUUGUGGAAGUAGAAGUGAAUUCCAGCUUUUUACGAUCAAGAGGUUGUGUGGUUCUUCUCAACACCAACACAGGCAUCAUCCAUCUUUGGCAUGGUGCUAAGGCACUAAGACACACACGAAAGGUUGGUAAUAUAACAGCACAGAAGGCCGUAGAGACUUCUGACAGUGAGAUGGGAUGGACUCCAGGUAUCACAAAGAAACUCAAAGAACAGUUUGAAGGUGCCGAGUCUCGAGACUUUUGGGAAGGAUUUGGAGGAUCCUCGACUAAAAACAAGCAUUUCUCCCUCUUGGAGGAUGAACACUCCUAUGACUGGACUCCUCGAGUAUGGCACAUGGUAGCAACACAUGAUUCCUUCCAAGCUAAUGAGGUCAUAUGCUCGUACCGGGCAACAUCAGUCCCUAACCCUUUGCCAGUUCUACAAUCAGACCUUUACUCAGUGGCCCAGCCAGCCUUAUUUGUGGUUGAUGGAGGACACAGAGUGUGGGUGUGGCAAGGGUGGUGGCCUGAUGAGUCAGUUGAGGGUCAGGACUCUAACACAACUGGCUCUGCAGUGUUGCGGUUUAACUUUGCACGUCGAGCUGCACUUGAAACAACCCUGAAUUAUUGCAAGC